UCCUCCUCCUCCAUCUCUGCAGCAGCACACGGAGCUACAGCAGCAGGAGGAAGAGGAGGAGGAACAAUAAGCUCAGAGGAGGCUCCGCUGUCCGGCGGCGUGUCGCAGUUUUAGCGGGAGCUGGUGAAGCGGCUGCCCGGAAGAGGAGGCAGGGGGCCGGCAGAGGGAACAUGUCCUCCCCGCAGGUGUCCCGUCGGCAGUCGUGCUACCUGUGCGACCUGCCGCGCAUGCCUUGGGCCAUGAUCUGGGACUUCACGGAGCCCGUGUGCCGCGGAUGCGUCAACUAUGAGGGCGCGGACCGGAUCGAGUUCGUCAUCGAGACUGCCCGCCACCUGAAGCGCGCUCACGGCUUCCAGGAGGCCCGCGGCGCCGCGGGAGCGCCCCCGCAGCAGCAGCCCGGGGCGACGAAGAGCCAGGCGGCCAUACUAAGCGGCAAAGAGCCGCCGAGCCACCACCACCACCCGGCGGAUGGUGCAGCCAAGCCCCAGCAUCCCGGGACGGACCGCUACUCGCUGGGACGCUUCGACUACGGCGGCAGGCCGCCCACCGGGCUCGGAGGACCGAACGGCUUCAAGGACGACGGCCCGCCGGAGCUGAACCGCCAGAGCCCGAACUCCCGCGGCAGGACCCCCGCCGGACCGCCGUCCGCCGCCGUGCCACCCAGCCUGCUGCCGCAGACGGGCCGGGCCGAGCCCGGGGCGAAGCGGCCCGCCUCGGUUUCCGCCGCCGACCCGGACCGGGAGCUGAAGGAGAAGCAGCGCAACGCGGAGGUGCUGGCAGAGUUGAGCGACAGUCUGCGGAGCCGCCAGGAGGAGUGGGCGGGCCGGCCGAAGGCCGUGCGCGACACGCUGCUUGCGCUCACCGGAAGCACGCCCUUCGACGUCCGCUUCAAGAAGGACCACGCGCUGUUGGGCCGCGUGUUCGCUUUCGACGCCGCGUCGAAGCCCGGCGCGGAGCAUGAGCUGAAGCUGUUCAUCGAGUACCCGAGCGGCUCCGGGACGGUGUUCUCCAGCGCCUCGGGGGUGGCCAAGCAGAUGUACCAGGACUGCAUGAAGGACUUCGGGCGCGGGCUGUCGUCCGGCUUUAAGUACCUGGAGUACGAGAAGAAGCAGGGCUCCGGGGACUGGCGGCUGCUCGGGGACCUGCUGCCGGAGCCGCUGCGCUUCUUUCGGGAGCCGCUGUCCGUAGAGCUGCUACCGCAGCCGCACGCCGACGGCGGCUUCCCGCUGCCGCCAGGACGGGCGGGGGGCUCCCGGCCCGGGCUGAGGAAGAGGAAGGCCUCCCCGGAGCCGGACUCUGCGGACGAGCGGCAGCAGUGGCUCGGGGGCCCGGGCGAGGCCCUCAAGACCCCCCCGGAAUCCGCCGCCGCCCCCCCGCAGAACGGACAGUCCCCCAUGGCCGCGCUCAUGUCAGUGGCGGACGCGCUCGGUAACGCGCACUCGCCCGGCAAGGACAGAGACUCCAGGCACGCGGCCGGCAGCCCGGCGUCCCCGGCCUCAGCCUCCGGCCAAAGGCGCCUCUCCUCCCGCAACGGGGACCUCGGGCUGCCCGCGCAGGACCAGGUGCACGCGCAGAGCGUGCCCGACUCCCCCGUGGCCAACAGCGGACCGCUGUGUUGCACCAUCUGCCACGAGCGCCUGGAGGACACCCACUUCGUGCAGUGUCCCUCCGUCCCCGGACACAAGUUCUGCUUCCCCUGCUCCCGGGAGAGCAUCAAGGCCCAGGGGGCUUCCGGGGAGGUGUACUGCCCCAGUGGGGACAAGUGCCCGCUGGUCGGCUCCAACGUGCCCUGGGCAUUUAUGCAGGGGGAGAUUUCCACCAUCCUGGCUGGAGAUGUGAAGGUAAAGAAGGAGAGGGACCCCUGAGGAGGCGCUGGAGCCUCAAGCCCAGACUUUGUUUUUUAUGUUCCCUGGAUCACAGUCGAGGUUCUUCAGCCUGCCCCCCACAGAGAUUCGCUCUAAGCUAAACUCAGUCAAAUAUUCAAACCAUGAAGAACAGCAAACUGUUUCAGUCGUGUAGAGUCUGGACUGGUGAUCGUGUGAAGGCUUUUCUGAUUUAACACUUUCCACCUUCCUCUGUCAUCGUGUCUGUUUUUGAUGUGACGGAGGUCAAAGGUUGAGUUUCAACCUGGCGUCAGUAAAAUAAACGAGUGUUACUGAUCCAAAGCAGCGCUGACACUCAGUUUAUACGUCGAGCUGCUUCCAGCUCCGUGUGUGUGUGUGUGUGUGUGUGUGUGUGUGUGUGUGUGUGUGCGCAGUAAGAUCAUGCAUGCUAUAGUUUCUGUCCAACACUCACAAUCUUCUUUACUGUGAGGCUUAAAAUAACCUCAAUAUUCUGUUAAAAGGAGUUCAUGUUAUUACAGGUGGCUCCUGUAGCGUUGAGUCCAAAUGUGUGACCACGGCGCCGGACCGUCAGCCCGUUUCUGCAUCUGUAAAGAAAACCUGAUAAAAACACGUUGAAGGCUUGAAACAGAUUAUCGUGAUGCAGUUUAAUAAACAGCAGGCUCUUAUUUUGAAACAAAGAAAUAUGUUAACAUUUAUAAGAAAAAUGUAAUCGUCCAAAUUAUCCAACAAACUCCGAUGUGUGACAUCAGAGUGAUCUUUGGUUCGUCUGGCGUUUCAACUUGUGCGUUUACUUUGUGAAUGAGUGGUUUGUGUUUUGUCUGUUGUUCAGGGCGAUGUGCUCACAGACUGAAGCAGUUUGACUGAAACAUGAAACAUUACUGACGUUAGUCUGAGCCCGUGUGGAUCCAGGUGUCAUUCAUGUUCGUCUGCAGUUUGAUUAACAGUCACAGUUUGUGUCCUCGGUCCGAGUCGCCGUCACACUUCUCACAGUGAAGCUCACAUCAGUUAUGUUUGUUUUAAACGGUCGUAAAUUUUUCCUGUUUGAUAAACGAACCCGUUGACGACCGGGUGGAGAAACGUGUGGAGGGUAGGCGGCGCUCACGUUCAGCGUUUAUUACCUUUGACUCUUUGUAAUUAUGUAAGCGCUGUAUAAAUCCAUCAUCAUUAUUAUUAUUAUUAACGUCGUGGACAUCAUCAAGCUCGUGAUCUCAGAAGGACAUCAGGCUGUGACUGUUGUGAAGCAAAGGUUCGGCGAUGACACUGGCGGGGAGUUUCAGGGCGUCUUUGUGCACGUUCCCACUGCAGGAAGCGGCCGGUAGGACGCCGUUUCAGGAGCGCUCGCUUUCAGUCCGUCGCUCCACGUUCCCACUCUGUGGGGCUCUUCAUGAAGGGUUAUUCCAGAAAUGCAGCUGAAGCUGUGGAGCGCGCUCACAGCAGGUCCAUACCUGUGUCAGGUGUCCUCGCUGUGAGCGUGCACACACACUCGAGCUCACGGAGCCUUUGUUAAGUUAUGGAUCGUGGUUUUGGUGCCUUUAACGAGGCGUCGCACAAAGAUCAGCUCGGUAACGUUCUCGGCGUCACUCCUGUGGCACGUCGGCACAAGCGGGGGUGUUUGCUCAUGAGCGUAAGAUGAUUGGACAAUAACUGGCUGUGUACAGACUUGAACUUUAACCUCAGGCUUGUGCGGAUGAAACGGGCGUGAUGCUGUUUACAGAGCCGCUCCUCGCCUGAAACAGCUGCAGCAUCAGUUCACCUCCUCUAACCCAACAUGGCUGAGAGGAGGCGCGGCUGCGUUCGCUCGUGACUGAUCUCUGCAGCAGCUUUGAGAUGAGUCCAAACUCGCUGCAGCCGCGAGCCGUCACCGCUCAGCUGUGCGCGUUCGCUGCUCCUCAUAACUCGCUUAUAGAAACUUUCUGGGCUUUAAAAAACAAACUUCAUAGUUGGAUUCGUCCAGUGAAUAAAUGUUUCUGUUGCACCUGGAUCCACAAAGCAAACGCAAAGAUGGAGGUCAGGCUGAUGAAUUCUUCAUUUUCAGUCAGUUUAAAACAAGUUAAUCCAGAGUGUUUCUGCUGUGGACAAACUGGUUCCAGUGGUUUGAAGUGAACCAACCAAAAAGGCCUCGACUGUAGUCCCGACAGUCACCUCGAGGAACACGUCGGCUGCUCGUUUGCUGGUUUUCUUCUGUUUGGACUGGACAGGAAGUGAGACCCGUGAGCACGCUAGCUCUCUGACGGCUGUUGGAGAGACUAAACAGGAAGUUUCUUCUGCCCGGAAAGCCAACGGAGUAUAAUUAUGCUGACGUUUCACUGCAGAUGUAAACGAAUAAAUCAGCACAAAAACAGACGAGCAGGACGUGGAGUCAUGUUUAAACGACCCUUGUGUUUCGUUUCUACCGUGUGUCAUGAUCUAAAUGUAAAACAGAAAAAACCUUUUGUACUUGAAACUGUGUCAGAUGUUUCGGGACAUCAAAGAGGAAACCGUCGCCGUGCACACGCCGUCUUCCCUCCAUCCAGGCUCCAGCCGAGUGUGGAGCAGACAGCUGAACUUAUAAAUAUUCUACAUGUGGAUGUUUUAGAAAACGUGUUUAACAAAGAAACGAGCGUGUUGUGUUGUCGUGGAGAUGAAGGCGUGGUCAGUGCCGUGGUGUUUAGGAGGUUCAGUGUGAGGCAGCCGGUAGUCACUAACACAUGCUCCAUUCUUACAUUAGAAAGUCGUGUCUGUGAAGAAAACAACAAAAAAAGCAAUUUUUCUUAUUUUUAUAGAAAUAAUUUCUUCAUAUUUUCAUUUUGAAUUGGACGUUUUGUUUCCUUUCUGAUAUAUUUUGUACUGCAAUAAGAAGCCCCUCCUCUCUGUUCCUGCCUCACAUUAAGGUUCAGCUGGUUUCGUGUUUCUGUUCAGAUAAAAAUGAAACUAACACAUUUGAUCUUGUAACGUGCCUUGAAGCUGAGUCGGUUGUAAUAAAUUCCUUUUCUGUCAAACGUGA